GGGGAGGAGGAAAAAGGAGGAGGAAGAGAGGAGGAGGCGGAACAGAGAGGACGCAGCUGUCCCCGCCAUGCCGAAGGUGGUGUCCCGCUCCGUGGUGUGCUCGGACACCCGGGACCGCGAGGAGUACGACGACGGGGAGAAGCCGCUGCACGUGUACUACUGCCUGUGCGGGCAGAUGGUGCUGGUGCUGGAUUGCCAGCUGGAGAAGCUGCCCAUGAGGCCGAGGGACCGCGCCAGGGUGAUGGACGCCGCCAAGCACGCCCACAAGUUCUGCAACGCCGAGGAGGAGGAGACCGUCUUCCUGCGCAGGCCAGAAGGCAUCGAGCGGCAGUUCAGGAAGAAAUGUGGAAAGUGCGGGCUGCUGCUCUUCUAUCAACACCAGCAGAAGAACGCCCCCGUCACGUUCAUCGUUGAUGGUGCGGUGGUCAAAUUCGGUCAGGGCUUUGGGAAAACAAACAUCUAUACUCAGAAACAAGAACCUCCCAAAAAGGUGAUGAUGACCAAACGGACCAAAGACAUGGGCAAGUUCAGUUCUGUCACUGUCUCCACGAUUGAUGAAGAGGAGGAGGAGAUCGAAGCGAGGGAGAUUGCAGACUCUUACGCACAGAAUGCAAAAGUGAUUGAGAAACAGCUGGAGCGCAAAGGCAUGAGCAAAAGAAGGCUACAGGAGUUGGCUGAGUUGGAAGCCAAGAAAGCCAAGAUGAAAGGAACCCUGAUUGAUAACCAGUUCAAAUGAAAUGCUGCACAUCUGCUGGGUAUCUGAAGAGAGGAGAAAGCUGCCAGGAGCUAUCGUAGAUCUGUCAACAAAGCAGAAGUAACAGACAACAUCGAAGGGCAACGUGCUGCAACCAGCUGGGAGAAUGAGGACGUCUCUGUCAUAAGCAAUACUCUGGUACCAAUUUUACCAGCUGCGCUGGAGACUUUGCUGGAACCGCAGCUUUCUACAGACCCAGCGUUAUGAGUAAGCUGUUGCAGCCACAAUAUUUUCUUAUGGGAAGAUCUUCCCUGGGUGCCUUCCUGAGUUCAGUGCACCUUUAGAUACCUGUCUUUUUAUUUUGGUAGUUUUCAAAUGUGUGAAGUUUUCAUAAAUAUAUUAGAACAAUAGGUCAGCCGUACAAUGAAGAAAUUGUUAAAAAAGUAAGCACUGUGCCUGUUGUUCAUUUUGUUGUUUUAAAUGUAUUGAAAAUGUGCAGCAGUCUGAGACAACUCGGAUGCAAGGGUUGGGCAUCAGGCUGUGGCUCAUCCUGAGCAGCUGACAGACUGUCGGAGGUUGCCAGCACAGGCCUGGCUGCAGCUCUAAGUCUCUGCUCCUAUGGAACAUAGGAAAGCCACAGUGGUACAGAAUUACACUGCUCCAACAGAUUCUGCCUGAUACAAGAACAUGAAAUCCAUCCCUGUUUUAAACUACUGAAAAUAAAAGCUGCCUGGACAUUACACCACUAAGGAGUACAAAUACGUAGUUGGGAAGGUACUGAUGCAAAUGGUGAUCUUUUAAAGUAGACUACAACUGCACGUCUGAACUAACCCAUUCUGCAAAAUGGUAUCAGUAUUUGUGUGGUAAACUGAGAAGGAAAAAUUGUUUUGAACACACUGACCACUAAGGACUUAGAUACAGCCAAAAUUAACAACUGGUGUUUAAAGUACCUUGUUUGGGCAGUAAUAUUUUGUUUCUCGUGUCUUUGUUGCUCUACUUGGGAUUAAACAGCAUGUUAUGGACUUGAACUAAAAUUCUUUUCCUAGAGUGUUCUUACUCUAUGAACUAUUGGAAAAUAACAUGGGCAAUGAAGAUGCUUUGUCUCCCACAGUUGUUAUGGAAGAAUCAAUAAAGAUUUUUCUAU